UUUUCCUAGGUUUCCGUGGACUGCCUUCCUCUUCCCGUCUCCAGACCCUUUAGCAAUUAAUCAUGGGGCCUCGCGUCUUGAGCUCGUGGAUGAUGCUGACGGUGACGAUGGUGGCGAUGGUGACGAUGCUGGUGAUGAUGAUGGCGAUGAUGAUGGCAGUCAUGCCGGUCCAAGUGGGAGUGGUAGUCGGAGAAGAUGGAGUCGUGACAACGCAGAGAGGGAGGGAGUGCGGUGAAGAAGGAUCGGAUUGCGCUCAUCGUGGCAUUGACAGUGUGCGAGGAGAGAGAAGGCUGCAGGCGCCCUCGACAGGUCUGUCCAUCACAAACAGGUCUCUUCUUCAAAGUCCCCGUGUAGUGUUGACGGUUACUAGUUCCGUUGGUCGUUCGCCGGGUGACAUUCAGUGUUUGACGUGGGUCAGGAGCGUCCUAUUUACCUCCGAGAGGGGGGUGUUCUUCUACAUAAAGGAGGAUGGAUGCUUGAGUGCUACAGCAAACCAUGCCAGGGGAAAUCGGUCCCUGCACAAGGCUGAUUUGCGCGCGAUUGCCAGCUCUGGGGACGCGCAAGGCGACUCCUUUCCGCUGACUCUGAGAUGGACGUCGGGAAGCCUGAACGGCACUGCGGAAAGUGCCGACUACUUGGCGUUCGAUCUGUCGCGGAGCGAGCGGCAUCUCGUUCUGCCCUUAUUGGACAAAGGUCUGGCAUUCGUCAACACCACGGAUGGUUCCACAACCGCUCAACCCAUCUCCGRCGUAGACUGUCAGUUCGCGGCAUUCAAUCCGAACYGCACGAUUCUGUACCUGGGGAGACGUGGCUGCCUUGUGUACUCGGCGAUGGAUGGCGAGUCGCCGGGCAACUUCCUCAGCGAUUUCACAAGAGUAGCAUGCCCGAACGACACCAAGCUYUCAUCCCUCUCCUUCGGAYAUCGAAGCUUUGUCCAAGAUGGGAGCUACCUAUACGCCAGGGACAAAGCUAACGCUUCCGUUCUAGGAUUUAACACACUUAGCGGAACCAUCGACCGGGUGACUGGGACCGUGAUGGCCGAUUCCGUGGGUAACCCGGUGCCGGUGAUUAACUUCGCACAGCUUGUUAACUUGGGAGAGCCCGUGCUGACGCAAGAUGGAUGCAACUUGUUCUUCGUCGACGAUGGGGCGAUGAACGUCGUUUGGGUGGCUUUAGACAAGCCGAGAGGAAAGGCGAUUAACGUGGAGACCGUCGCAAGAUGCACCUUCAAGUUCCCGGGAGGAUGCAUGAUCGGCGCGGUUGCUUUGGACAACGAUGACAGUCAUUUGUACGUGUCGAUCCAGAACGGCAAGCUGUUCGAGCUGUCAAUCGACAAGCUGGGACUGCACCAAUGCAGCGGUGCGUUUCCAACAUCAGCAGCACCGACAGGCAGUAGUCCGUCGCAUCCAUCGCCAUCGCCAGCGCCAUCGAACGAAUCCUCCUUCUCAUUGCCAUCGCCAUUGACAGCACCAUUUACGGAGUCAUCAUUAUCGCCAUCGUCAUUGACGUCAGCCUCGAUCGAAUCAUCAUCAUCCCCGUGGCCAUCAACAGCACCAUCGAAAGGAUCAUCAUCGCCAUCGCCAUCGGCAAGAUUGACAGAACCGUCAUUUUCGCCAUGGACAGAAUCAUCGUCAUCGGCAUCGGCAUCGACAGCAUCAUCGACGAAAUCAUCUUCAUCGUUAUCCCCAUCAUCAUCACCAUCAUCAGCAUCGGUGGAAUCGUCAUCAUUAUCAUCGCCAGCCUCAUCAGCAGAGUCCCCUUCAUCGCGUUCGGUAUCAUCAUCAUCAUCGUCAUCAUCGUCAUCAUCGCCAUCAUCGUCAUCGUCGUCGUCAUCGUCAUCGCCAUCGCCAUCGCCAUCAACUAAUCCGUCUCCAGCGACAUACCCAGAGAUAAAGUCAUCGCCAGCAACGGGAUCAUCGUCAUCGCCGGCGCAUAAUGGCAGCAGUACACGUGUCAGUACUAUGCUCACCGAGACGCCCCCAACUUCGGCGGUAAUUGCCCAAACGAAAUCGAAUAGAGGUCUUAGUGUGGGCGUGAUCGUUGGCGUGGUUGUCGCAGUUUGCCUGUUUUCCUUAACCCUAGGUGGCGCUGUAGUGAUUCUCUGGUUUCGCUGUAGGAAAUCAGUCCUGGAUAGAAAUGACCGGUCUUCUCAUAUCGAGCCUGCGUUUUAAGUCUGCACCUCCCCUCUUUCUCUCUUUCUCUUGUGUGUGAUUCUGCGUAAUAUCUGCCAUCUCG